UAUGUGUGUGUGUAACAUUGGGUUUUAUUAUUGUCACCAGCGACAUCAACCAACCAACACACCGCCGUCGAUCCAGAAUCAGUGCCAUUUCGUCCGGUAAUAAAUUGUGUUUCGUCGUCGUCGCUUAAUUUUCAGUGGUGUCGGGCAACCAACAGGCCGCAGCAUUAACCGUCGUCGUCCGCGGUUCGCGCACCGUUUCGUCGUCGGUACGUUAUCCCGCGUUCCCGGUCCGUCUCUGCAACGAGCGAGCGCGCGCGCCCGCGACCGUCAUUCGUUCCGAUCACGUUGGAUUGGACGCGCGCGCGCGUUUACGUUGCCGUUUGUUGUCGUCCACCGCACGCCGAUCUCCGUGCACCGAACGUUCGCGGCGACAUGCUGACGCUGUAGCCGCCGUCGCACACCGCCUUGACCCCAUCGGUGCUCGAUGUCCGUCGCGCACGUUCUACAGUGAGGUAGGCAAUUCUGUGCUGCUAGUCCAGUUUCCGCACUGCUAAUAGUCUUGACGUGCACGUUCAAAGUUGGCUGGCUGUGAAGAUCAUGCCACAAGAAACGGCCCAACUGCAAUCGGAUGACACUGGCGGUGGCGAUGGAAAUGGCCGAAGCAAACGUAGGACCGUCCCAUAACACAUAGUGACUACCCGUGCAAUCGUCUAGUACCGACUUAACACCGCAGUGAUUAUAGGUUGGUCCACCUCCACAAGAAUUAUAAUCACAAGCUCACGCGUGUGAUGAUCAAGGAGAAGCAAUACAUCGAAACAAAGUCUUCAUCAUUUAAUAGUGAAGGGGACCCUAGUAUUGGGGAUGUUAACCAAAUGAUCAAAACACCAGAUAAUAAUAGUGGUGAACUUCAUCACGAUUUGGACAGAAUUAUCAAAACCGAAUCUGAUAUGACAGCUUUAAUAGAUAAUGCUGGUGGGGAUGUAGCUGAUAAUAAAAGUGGUGUUGGUGGAAAUGCUACUAGCAAUACUUCUCCAGGUUCUUCUAACGCUGACCAAAAACAACAGCUAAUGUCAAAUGAUAUUUGCCUUAGUCAAAUUAAGCACGAAGAUACCAGUAAUAACAGUGGCAUUAAAGUAGAAGAUAACAAUACUACAAGUACAACUACAACUACUGUUGAAUCUGACUUUGAAUCGUGUGAUCGAGUUGUUUUAUCUUCAAUGAAUAGUGGAAGUGGAGGGCCAUCAGAUUUAAUUGAUGGUUCUGGUGGAGUGCAACCAUUAAUGAGCAAUGUUUUAGGCCCAAAUGCUACUGGCAACAAACAAGCAAAUACAACUAGUGGAAAUAUGGAUGCCCAACAACAGCAAUACAUGCAACAACAAAGUCAGAUUUUUGUAUUUUCCACAAGCUUAGCAAAUAAAUCAGCUGAAUCUGUAUUAGCUGGCCAAUAUCCUACUAUUAUAGCUUAUCAUUGUGCUCAACCACGGACAAAAAAAUUCCUAGAGAAACACCCAUUAAAAGUAAACCAGUUUAAUAGACAGAAUCCUGGACAAUGGAUGAAUAAUGUGGUUGCAUCCCAACAACAAAUGAAACAUCAACAACAACUUAACAAAGGUAUGGCUCCUCAUGGUGGACAACCAAAAUAUGGGGGUGGUACACCUUAUUCAAGAUCAAUGAAAAACAGCAAUAGUCCAUCAGGUGCCUCAAUAGAAAAUCCCAUUAUGCAACAACAACCUGGAGCAAGAAUGCCAAUGUGGAAUCAUCACCAGGGAAAUAAUAUCAAUGAUUCUGGACCUCAACAGCUACAACAUUCUUCAAAUCAUAAUAUGAUGGGAUCAAUGUGUGGUCCUGGUAAUAAUGGUAUUAUGGGUAUGUCAAAUCAUAGUAGUGGAGGAUCAAUGGGUCCUGGAAUGUUAAUGAACAGCAAUAAUUCAAAUCAAUCAAUGAUGGGGGCAGGUCCUGGAUCAAUGAUGAAUCAACAUGGAAAUUUAUGUUCUAUGGGGCCUGGUAGCGGUGGUGGGAUGCCCAUGAACGGUAUGGAUUUAGAUUUAAUGGAUCACAAUCCACAUCAUCAACAACACCAUCCAAAUCCACAUCACCCAUCUAAUAUGAUGGAUGGUGGUCAUAGACCAAUGAUGGGUGGUGGUCCACAUCAUCCUCAUCAUCCACCUCCUCAUCAUCCCUCUGGUGCACUUCACCAUAGAGGUUCUCUUGGAAUGGGUGGUCCUCCCCACCACCAUGGUAUGUCUGACAUGAUGACAAUGGGUGGCCCUAAUAAAUGUCAACCAUCUUCUAUGGAUAGUCUUAUGUCAUCAUCUGGUGGACCACCAGUAUCAGUACCUUCUGGUCCAGGUGAUUCACCAGGGGGGCAUAAUUCUUUAGCCUCUAUGAUGCCUUCUUUAGACUUUGAUGAUCCUAUAGGUAGUGGAAACUCAUCUCUAGGAGCAACAUCGCACCAUUCAUUAACUGGUGUUCAAGUACCUGAUGAAAAUUUAACUCCACAACAAAGACAACAUCGUGAAGAACAACAAGCCACUUUACGGAAACUUCAACUAGUAUUAUUUCCCGAAAACUCAAAUAGUGGUGGAGGAACUUCUCAACAGCAACCUCCUCCUGUUACAUCAUCGUCUUCUUCUGUUGGAGGUCCAUUAGAUAAUUGCAGUGGAAGUGGUGGUAUGGACGACUUAAUGCCAUCCAUUGACGAUGAUUUGGAUGUAGAUGCUGUUGUUACAGCUGCAGCAGUAACUAGCUCUGCAGGUGAUCUCUUGUUGCCACCUAAAACACCAACAUCAUGCUCAUCUGAUUGGCCAAAAUCAAUGUUUGGCAAUGAAGAUGAGAAGAAGAAAGACGGAGGGCGUUGUGGUCCACCACCUUCUUACCAUCAAACAGUAGCUCGAUCUGCUAGUGUUCCUAUUGUUUCUGUACCAAGUUGUAGCCCUAAUUCACCAUUAGCUGGCAAUGGUACUGGAGUAACAAAUAGCAAUUUGUCAUUGCCAUCUCCUCGCACAUGUUCAGCACUCAAUUCUCCAGCUGGUGGUCGACCAUCAUCGAAUAUGAGCCCUACUGCUGUACGAUCUCCUGGUAGCAAUGGGUCAAGACUACAAUCCAGUAAUCCAGGUACACCAGUUCAUAUGUCGCCUGGCCACAAUUCUUGUUCAUCUAUGAAACAACAAAAAGGACCGAUGUCUAAUGAAUUUUCACCUUCAUCUAACAUUGCUACUCCAGGUCAACCUAGUGGUGGUGGUCAGCAAUCUCCUGAUGGACUAUUUUGUCACAGCAAUAAACAGCUAUCUAAAAGAGGAGAUGAACCUAAUUUAAUGCCUGUCCCUUCUCCUCAACACAUUCAGUACCUGAAUACAUUCGAUGGUCAAGAACUUACCAUUCAAAAACAACCUAAUACUGGUUUAAAAGAUUCAUCGUCCUCUACUACUACAACUACUUCAACAAUGUCUCCCUCAGUCCCUACAUCUCAAAACAAUAUGGACAUGAUAAUGACCGAUUCUAAUAUGAAAUCAUAUAACAUAGUUCGUCCUGGUGAUAUGCCUUUAAACCCUUCUGCAGCUGCAGCAGCUGCUGUCGCAGCUGGUCUUCAAACAUCACAACAUCAACCAAUGAAACAUUUUGAUCCAAUAUCUUCUUUGGCUCAGAUGAACCAACAAUUAGCUAAUAAUGUGGCUGGUGGAGGGUCAUCUCCGAUUGUUAACCAUGGUGGUGGAGUACCUUCUUUACACCACCCUGGUGGUCCCGGGCAUCAUCAUCCUGGAGGUGGAAUGAUGUCACCUUUCGGUGGAGGAGGUGGUCCACCAAUGCACAUGAUGGGUAGUAAUAAUGAUCCUAUGUGUGGUCCAAUGGGAAUGGGUAGUGGUGGAAUGCAUGACAGUGGAAUGGGUGGCCCUCCUGGAAGUGGUGGUCGAAUGAUGUAUGGACCUGGACCAGGAAUUGGACAAGGACCACCACCACCGGGUCCUAAUGGAGGUGGAAUGUCUAUGGGACCAGGAGGUGGAUUACCAAUGGGAAUGCCUCCAAUAGGUGGAGGUAGAAAUGGUGGUAUGAUGAUGAAUUCCUGUGUUAGUGGUGGUCCAUUAUCACCAAAAUCAUCAUCAAUGAUGCAACAGCAACAAUAUCAACAGCAACAGCAACAAAGAUUAAUGCCUAGAAUACCAGCAGGAGGUGGACCUGGAGUAUUGUAUAAUGGUGGUGCUAAUAUACAGGUAAAACCUAGUGCUCCGAACACAAUACAAUAUUUACCUAACAAUUCUAGAGGAGGAGGUCCUAGAGGUGCUCCUCCCCCUCCUCAAAAUCAACAACAACAGCAACAACCUGGCUUAGAUUUUUUGCAACGGUUUUCUGGUGGACCGGGUAAUGGUGGAAAUCCAUUGUCUAAUCUUGAUGGAAAAGUACCUACUCAUAAUUUACAAUAUUUUCCAAAUUCUGGUGGUGGUGGUUAUAAUAAUAGUAAUGGCGGCGCUGGAAUUAAUGAUAUGAUGUGUGGUAGUGGUGGUCCUCCCGGAGGAGGUAGUAUGGGUGGUAUGCCACCUGGUGGCCCAAAUAAUAGCCGAGGAAUGAUGCGUGGUAGUUCAGCAGGUAUGAUAAGACUAGGAAGUGGCAACAAUGGAAUGGGAAUGAGUGGUAGUAACUAUAAUGGAGGACCUUCGGAUAACAUGUUUGGUGGUGGUGGUGGUCCUCUUCAUCAUCCACCUUCAGGUCAUCCUCAACAACAGCAAAUGAUGAUGAUGGGAGGUGGUUCAGGAGGUCCUCCGCCUCAGCAACAUAAAGGUGGAGGAAUGAUGGGUGGACCAGGUCCUCCAGAUGCGACACAACCUUUACCACCAUCAAUGGGUGGUGGAGGAGGUCCAGGACCCGGUGGUGGUCCUGUAGGAUUUAGAGGGGGUCCACCUGCAGCAAAUUCAUUCAUUGGUCCAACUACAGCGGAUCCAAAUUAUGCCCAACAAUUUCAUAAUUUCCAGCAACAAUUAUAUGCCACUAAUACUCGAGGUGGAGGUGGAGGAGGAGGAGGUCCAUCAGGACCUGGCGGAGGAGGGCCUCAACAAUUUUUUGUCUCCAAGUAA